AACACAACAAAAUUCACAAACAUAGUUAUCCUUCCAAGUGACUAGUUUACAGUAUAUAGAGAAUGGGGGAAGAAAGCAAAGCACCCUUAAUACUGAGCCAUUCAAAUUCAUCCGUUUAUGAAGAUGAGGAUCUUAAACGAAAGAUUUGGAUCGAGUCCAAACUGCUUUGGCACAUCGUUGGCCCUGCCAUUUUCAGCCGGAUUUCGUCCUAUUCUAUGAAUGUCAUCACUCAGGCAUUUGCUGGACACCUUGGUGAUACCGAACUUGCUGCUAUAUCCAUUGUCAAUAAUGUCAUCACCGGUUUCGACUUUGGCCUUUUGUUGGGCAUGGCAAGUGCACUGGAAACCUUAUGCGGACAAGCAUUUGGGGCAAAAAAAUAUCAUAUGUUAGGGAUAUACAUGCAACGUUCUUGGAUUGUGCUUUUCGCCUGCUGUAUAUUGCUUUUACCCUUCUAUAUGUUCGCCGGUCCACUCUUGAAGCUGGUGGGUCAGCCCGAAAAUGUGGCGGAGCUCUCAGGUUCUCUGUCCUUGUGGAUGAUCCCUCUCCACUUCAGCUUUGCCUUUCAGUUCCCACUGCAAAGGUUCCUUCAGUGCCAGCUUAAGACUAUUGUCAUUGCUUGGGUGGCCUUAUUUGCACUAAUAGUGCACGUAACGGUCAGCUGGUUGUUUGUGUACGGACUGAAGCUAGGGGUGGUGGGAACCGCCGUGACUUUGAACAUUUCGUGGUGGACUUUGGUGUUGGGAAUGUUUCUUUACACCGUCUGUGGUGGUUGCCCUCUCACUUGGACCGGCUUCUCAGUGGAAGCCUUUUCCGAUCUUUGGGACUUCAUCAAGUUAUCCGUUUCUUCAGGAGUCAUGCUUUGCUUGGAGAAUUGGUAUUACAGAAUACUGAUACUAAUGACUGGGAAUAUGAUAAAUGCAGAAAUUGCAGUUGAUGCCCUUUCAAUUUGCAUGACGAUUAAUGGUUGGGAGAUGAUGAUCCCUCUAGCCUUCUUCGUGGGAACGGGGGUAAGGGUGGCUAACGAGCUUGGAGCAGGAAAUGGAAAACAAGCUAGGUUCGCAACCAUAGUGUCGGUCACGACGUCUCUAAUCAUUGGACUCUUCUUCACCGUGUUACUUCUGAUUUUUCACGAUAAAUUUGGGAUCCUUUUCUCCUCUAGCAAACCCAUUCUUGAUGCUGUCGACGACCUGUCUAUCCUUUUAGCCUUAACUAUUCUUCUUAACAGUGUCCAGCCAGUUCUCUCCGGUGUGGCUGUUGGAUCGGGAUGGCAAGGACGUGUGGCCUACAUUAAUAUAACCUGCUACUAUAUAGUUGGACUUCCCCUUGGUAUCCUAAUGGAAUGGAUUUUUCACCAAGGAGUUAUGGGGAUUUGGACUGGAAUGAUAUUUGGUGGAACUGCACUCCAGACACUGAUUUUAACCAUAAUUGUAUUGAGAUGUGACUGGGAAAGAGAGGCAGAUAAAUCAAGCAGACAGUUAGAGACAUGAAGAGGAUCAUCUCCAGUGGGAUGUAAGUAGCACUACUCUGGAUCCAUUUACAAGAAAGAGGAUGCAAAGAAACAGUGGAGAUAAAUUAUCAGAAUUUAAAUGGUCACAUCAUCAAACGAAGAAAAAUUAAAGAAUUAAGUGGGGAUAUCUAGAAGAACUUUCACGGAUUUAGGGUUGGACGUAGGCGGCUUUUGGGCAAAUCCUCUCUCUCUCUCUUACUUUUCCUUUGUUUUUAUCUCAAUUUUCAAAGUAUUACAUAAUAUC